AUGGCCCACUCUGUAUCUGAUAAUGUCUCCUUGCAGCCCUUGACGAGCAGGACAUCGUUUUCCGCCACAUGCGAAGGAAACAAGAGAACCUAUUCCAGUUCCAGUCCCGAUGUAGUCAGCAGCCAGCCUGUUGGACAACCGUGUCGUCUAGCUCAUUCCAAAUUUUGGCGCAAUCCGUUGAGUUUCGGCACAAUUGUGUUCAUUGGCGACGUCCUCCUCACUCUCUGCCCAUGCCUGUUCUUGGUUCUUGCCUUCAGAGCGCUGGCAGUCGAUAACCAGCCUUUAACCUCGCCGCAGGGUCAAUUAGUUGAGCGAGCGGCCGAGUUUGGACCGACACUUUACCCGAUUAUAUUCGCAGCGGUCUGCGGUCGCUUGAUGAGGACAUACGCCCUAUGGCGUGCUGAAAAGGGAGAAGAACUGGGUAUACUAGAACAAUUGAAUGGCUCGCAAAACCUGUUAGCUGCUUUCGAACGGGCGAUAUUGAUUCCAGGUCUUGGACUACUAAGCACGGGAAUCGUGCUUCUUUGGCUGCUCUCCCCAAUAGGAGGGCAGUCUAGUCUACGUGUGCUGAGCAAAGGCACAUCAACGACUACUGGUGAGGCGACAUUAUACUACUUCAAUAAUACCAGUGAAGAAGGCAGCGUCGCAUUUCAAGGUGCGAGCGCCUAUGAGGAUUACAAAGGCGGUGUCAGCGCUGUUUUUCAGGCGGCGUUAACCUCCCUUGAAAGAGUCAAAGGCAGCGAUAUUUGGGGAAAUGUCAAAAUACCUGUGUUACAGUAUAUGGCCCAUCAUCAACACGCAGAUGACGGUUGGCUUGAAUUCGACGAAGAUAACUACAAAGAACCGUAUUCCGCACUGACUGGUCUGGUGAUCAGUGGCUUGAAGGAUGAUACGGAUUCGAGGUUUACAAUCGAGUCAUCCUAUUUCAAUCUCACCUGCACUGGUCCAAUACUGUUUAACAAUAGUAUCUCCAUGGAAUUCUCAGGCUUCACCGAAUAUGGUGCUCCAUUCAUAUAUCGCGAGAACAAUGCUUCGCUUCUCUUUCAACCUAUACCCGGCUACGCCAAUCAUGAUAUCGCGAACACCUAUAUGAUAGACACAAAUUACAACCAUUCCCAAAGAACGGAUUCUGAAACCCGGUACAACUACAUUUAUGCUUCAACCAAUGCAAUAAUCGGCGAAUACACUCGGGCCAUUGCUGCCUACAAUUGUACUGUCGGGGUCACCUAUGUUGAGAACGACCUCCAGUGCGUCGGUAGAAGCUGUCGAGUCCAGCGACUUCGCCCAUCACGCCGAGCUGUUCCAAAUUAUAGUGGCUGGCCGUGGCCAGUACAAUCGGUUGCUGAGGACCAAUUGUUGCUGGAUUGGAUGAAUACCGCUACUUCAAUACACGGAGGGAGUGCCCGGACUUCUGCAAUCGACUUUUAUAUAUCUGGUUCAAAAAAUCCUUUCGACAAUAUGCAGCCCAUUAGCUAUCACAAUAUUACAGGAGAACAAAUGGGUAGACGGCUUCAGAGCUUAGUGAACACCGGCUGGCAGCUUUCCUAUCAAGGAUCAGCAACUGUUAGGGCACCAUCCGAGAACUUGACAGCCCUUGAUGUGAGUAUUCCUCCCUUCGGUAUCAACUCUACCUAUUAUCGAGAUGGUGUGGGCUACCCUGUCGCUACUACCACCGCUAUAACAACAUCAACAACUGGGAUUUAUGUUGCUGGUAGGGCUUGGGUGUCCGUUACUAUCAUUGUGAGCUUCGUUUUACUCUUCUGCAGUAUAGCUGGCAUGGUCUUCAAGUACGUGUAUCAUAGCCCGGAUAUCCUAGGAUUCGUCAGCAGCAUGACUCGGGACAACCCAAACUUUGAGCAGAUACCAGGAAGUGAUAAAAUGGAUGGCUUGCAAAGAGCACGUGCUAUGAAGCAUGUUCGAGUCCAGAUCGUUGACGUCGCACCUUGGGACGGGGGCUAUAUCGUAUUGAGAAGUGUAGGGCGUCGGACGGCUACCAAAACUCCAUGA